UUGUGCGUACUACACGUGCAUGCGGCUCGUGUGUUUUAUUUUUUUAUAAGAGUUUUAUCAAAUUUGGCUGAUUAUAUAUGAAAACACGGCCAGAGACAUAUAAAGAUGGCAAUACAAACGAAUAAACGGAAAAGAAAACAUGAAGCUGCAGCUGCAGACCAACCAGAUGAUGCUGAAAUAGCGGUACCCAAAAAGGUGCAAAAGGAGUCCCAGACGCCAAAGAAAAAAUCCAAAAAGGCAAAAGAACAGGAGAACAUUGAAGAACAGACGAAUGAGGCAACAAAUGAGGAGCAGUUGGAAACUUCCGAUAGCCCAGCAAAAAGUAAAAGGGACAGAAACGAACAGGCAGCUGUGGAAGAAAAAGAUGAAGCGGAAAUCAGCCCCGACUCGGGCAUCGAGCCGGAGGAGAAGCCUCUGCGGUUUCCCAAUGAUUUCAAAAUGAUGCAUUUUCGAAGCAAGCUGCUCGGCGACAACUUUAUAACAGAACUGCGCCACUUUCUGUACAUGUGCGAAGUGAGGCCCAGGAUCGUGGCCAAGUAUAUUGAGAAGCGCGGCAAGCCGUUGGAGUUGGCCGAAGCCUUCAAUCGCAUCGACAAGACCAACAUACUGCAUGUGGGCUAUCUCAGCGAGGCGCUGCAGCGCAUCAUCAUGGAGAUACUCACCAAUCAGAAGGAUCACAUGGAGUCGGCGGCCCAUGCCGGCCGCUAUUUCCUCAAGGUGCAUGGCGCGGUGCUGGAGCAACUGUUGCAGUCGGCACAGCCGAAACAUCGACGCAACGCACUGAAAUUGCUGACGGCAAUUGUGUGCGUGGACUCGCAGCUGGGCCGCCAGGUGCUCAGCUCCUACGAUAUACUCUCGAAUGUGCGGACCAUGAACGAAAUGCUAUCGCAUUCGAAGCACGAUUACCAGCACGAGGAUACGGUGCGCAAGGCAUAUAUUCAUUUUGUGCUGGCCUUUCUGGUCGAUGGCAAUGCUCUGCUCAUACGCAACAUUAUGGAUCGCGGGCAUCUGAUCCGGGUGCUGGCCAAGGGUCUGGUCUACGAUGACCAUGUGACCGCCUGCGUGGUGCUCAACACGCUGCGCCAAUAUGUGCUCGAAAAUCCGAGUAUCUUGAAGACCAAGAAGGUGCAUGUCUUCGAUCUGGAAUGCUGCAAGUAUCUGCGCCGCCUCUACGACUGGGAAGGACCCCAGGGCCUGGCCGUCUUCUACAAGGGACACAAGUCGAGCAAGUUUGUGCCGGAGGAGCGCGAGGUUGUCGCCGCCGCCGCACAUAAGUUGCUGCUGCUGCUCUUCACCUCGCGCAAGCACGGCAUCAGCUUCGAUGCGAUGACCAACUACCGCCAGAAGCACAACAAGCUGCAGGGCAAAAUCCUGGGCAGCCUUUACCGACCAUAUGCCGAUCCGAAUAAAAGGGAGCUCAUACUGAAGACGCUGCAAGCGUGUCCCGACUUGGGCAGGCACACGGUGCGCAAUUUCGCCUCGUUUGUGAAUCCAAUGCGAGUGCCAACCGACGAUUUGCCCGCGGCCAUCGAUUUGCUGGCCGAGAUCAUUGCGGCGGUGCCGCCAAGCGCUUUGUCCUCGGCCAUGGACAAAAUGACGCUGACCGACUUUAGCUAUUGGAUCAAGGAGCUCUGUCUGCCCAUCGAGGCGCUGCUGCACAUUGUCGGCAAGCAUAUGCUCAAGCGCAACGAUUUCAAGAUACGCCUCGCCGUCAACCGGCUUCUGUUGGCCAUGAUGACGCAGUACAGCAACUAUGUGGGCGUUGUCGCCUUGCGGGAGCAGUCGAAGCGUGCGGGCAACUCGUUGCGUAAAUUUAAAUUCGAGCUGCUUAAUCAUUUACUGAUCAACUUUCCGCCCAUCGAGAGCAUACUGUACUCGCUGUACAUGAGCAUACAGGAGCGGCAGCAGGCAGGUGUCCAUGUGCUGGAGCAUCUGUCGGUCACCCUGGAGCUGAUUCUAAUCAUGUGCAAGGAGAAUCGCGCGUUUGUGAACAAAACCAGCCAGAUUCUGGACUAUUUGGAUGUCUUGCGGCCGCUGUACGAGACAAACUUUGAUGCGGCGCACGUGGCGGAGGCGAAUCCUCAAGAGCUGGACAAGGUGCAGAAGAUAAAGCUGGAGCUUAAAUCGAUUAAGACGAUUUUGCUGCUGUUUCCGCGCUCGCUGCAUCCGCAGGAGCAGCUCUUCGAGAAGGUGUUGCGCUCCUUCGUCAAGGCCUACAUGCUCGAGGAUGAUGAUCUCGCGGUCAAGUCGGAGGCCGGCGAGCUGCUGCACAGCCUGUUCCGGAACACGGGCAUGUUCGACUCCUGCAGCUACGAGAUUGACAUCUGGCUGGAGGCCCUAAUCGGCUUCGAUGCGCAAACCGUGGACAAUGUCACAAGCAUUCUGCUCAACAUACUCUCGCUGGACUUGUCCCAGGUGGAGAUGGAGGAGCAGCUGCUGCCGGCUGCCGGAACGACUUCCAGCAAUGUGGCGAAUCUGCGCAAACUCCUCGCCCAAAUUGAACAGGGCCAAACGGUGCAAGCUUACGUGGAAACGCUGACGCUGAGCAAAAUGAUGCCGCUGCUGCUGCAGGGCGUGGCCAUAGAGCCGCCCCACGACGCCUACGUGGAGCUGGUCUGCGUGCUGCUCUAUCACUAUCACACCAAGCCGGAGCAGGUGCAGCAGCUGUACAGUGUCACCGACUACAUGGAAAUCGGGCGGGGAUUACGUGAACUUCCCGCGCAGAUUGCCAAACAUUGGCCACAGCUGGCGCAGCUGCAGCGCCUGGUGCUGGAGACGACUACUCCUGCUCCUCCUUCGCAAUCCUUUGAGCACAUAUUUAAGCCGUCGCCGGGCAAACACUUUGAGCUGCAGCUGGCGGACGGCAACAAGCUGCAGCUGCAUCUUAGCCUGCGCAAUCCGCAUCGCAACAUGAUCUACGUCCAUGAGCUGCUCUUUCUGCUCGACCAGCUGGUGCAGAGCAAGCAACUCGCUGCGGGCCAAUCCCAACUGAUAGCCGACUGCCUGAUUAGGCUGCUGCAAAUUGCCGCCCAACUGGAUGGCGGCCAGCAGAGCGCCGUGCUGGCCAAUGAGGAGGAGCAGGAGCGGGCGCAGCAGGAGACGCACACACAGCGCCUGCUGCACUACAUCUACAGCAUACGGCUGAGCCAGCUGCGCGCGACGCACCUCUUCAGCGAGACGAGCGAAACGGAGAUGCACUACGUCAGCUGCCUGCGUCGCCUGACCGAGCACUGUCGCACCUUGCCCGGAUUUGCCAACUAUACGAGCUACUAUAGACAACAGCUGGUGCUGGCGCUGGAGAUUGCUCUGCAGGAUCGGGCAGGAUUGAAGCUCGUUGAGCAGCCGGCGCAGCUGCUCGAGUGCGUCGCCCUGGUGGAUGCCUUCGAGUUGAAUGCGGGCGAAUGCGCCCAAAUGCUGCAGCUGCUCACGGAAAAGCUCGAGGCGAGCGAUUACCUGGCGGCGCAACAUUACUUUGAGCUGCUGCUGCGCCUGUUGCGUCGCCUCGCCCAGCUGCAGCAGGAGGAGCACGUCGUGGAUUGCACUCAAGCCAUGCUCCGACUGCAAAGCUACUAUGGCGAAUUUUGUGCCAGCUCCUUGCCCGCCGAGCAGCUGGAACAGCUGGAGACGGCUCUCCUGGAGUUCCUCAGCAGCCGGCAUCAUCAUCUCGCCGCUUGCCACGCUCAGUUCUUCACAUGCUUCUUCACCUCAACGAAUCGCAAGCUGAGCAAAUCAGCCAUAAAACUCGCCUGCCUUCUGCUGCAGCGCAACGCGCAGCUGUCGACGACAUUUGUCCAGCUUCUCCCCGAGCACGUGGACCAGAAGGAGCUGAUUUAUCCACUGUUGGAUGUCGCUUUCAGUCGUGGCUACCGGCUGGAGCCGGCGCUGCUGCAGCGCUGCUAUCAGAGCUACAAGACGGGCAUCCUCAAGAGCAUCGAGAAGCCGCAAAAGGCGGCGCACAUCUAUCGGGAGCACCCGGAGGCCAGUGCGGCAAUAAUUGCCCACUGCAUGCCCAAGUCGGAGUGCUUGGAUUAUUGCCAGAAGCAGCUUAAAUUCGAUGCCGUCGGCCUGUUCCAAAUGCGCGUGCUGCGCGCGAUUUACGGCCAAGCGCUCGCCGCCAGCAAGGAUGCACUGCAGCAGGCCCAAAUCUUUGUCAACUACAUCAAUCUGAAUGUUCAAAUGUUGGCGCUUGAUCUGAGAAAGCAAAGCGUGCAGCUGGAGCAGCUCGAGCAGCUGGCCUUCAACUGUUACGAUUGGUGGCAGCAGGAGCAGCAGUUGGACUCCUCCAAGCCGGAUUGGAGUCGUCUGCUGGGCGCCGCGCAUUGGCUCAACUUUUGUCGCAGCUGCCUGAAGCAGGCGCUGCACAUGGCCGAGGAGACGCCGCCGCAGCAGCAGCAGCAGAUCAACGGGCUGCUGCUGAAGCUGCUCGCCUUCCUCUGCGAUCGCCUCUACAAGGAUUACAGCGAGGAGGCGGAGGAGCAGGCGGAUGCUGCUCUACUCUACGAGUUGGCCUUCACGCACUCCUGCUGCUCUGAUCAUUUGCUGGGAAGCGAACCGAGCGCCGUCAAGACACAUCUGCUGCAGCUGCUCGAGACGCUGGCGCGGAAGGCGCCAUCGGCGCUGCAAAGCUCCCACAUACCCAUCCUCCUGGGCUCGUAUCAUGCCAGCCUGACGCCCGCGGAUCGUUAUAUUCUCGCCCUCCUGGAGCACUACGAGCGCUACGAUGUGGGCCUAGCCGAGUAUCGUCCCUUCGUCUGGGGCGAAGGCGCCGUCGCGCAUUAUGCGCUGCGCGAAUCCGAUGCGGAUGAGCGCGCCAAGCUGCAGCAGCAGGAGACAAAUGUCGGACAGGUGCUCGCUUUGAUUGUGCGCCAAAACUGCCAAUAUACGAUCGAGAACUUUCCCAUUUGGCGGACGUUGCACGCCAGCCAACAGCUGCCGGCGCUAGAGUUUGUUAAUCCCGCAAAGAAAUCCCUGAGAUUUGGCGAUAAUCCGCUGGAGCAGCGCAUCGAACGGGGCGACACACAAUUCGCGCAGGAUCAGCGCCGGCUGUGCCCGAAGCGCGACGAGCUCUACGAACGCUGCUACGAUCCGGCCUUUAUGCUGCCCCUAAUGAUGCACUGCUUCGCGCCGGAGUCCGCAGUGCGUGCCCAGUGGCCCGUCCAGAAUGGCCUGCUCUCGCUGAGCUUCUGUGCGCUCUCCUCCCUGGACAAGGAUAUGCGUCUGGCGGCGGCGUGCUGUCAGCAACGUUAUCGCAGCCAUUUCGAGCUGUCCAAGUUCUACGAGAAGCCGCUCUGGACGCAGGCCUACGACAACAUUCAGUCGGGUCUGGCCGAGCUGCGCAGCGCCUGGCUCGCCCAGCGACGCACACACGGCGGCAUUCCACGCGUUCCGCUCAUCCCCGUGCUCUUCAUCGCGCACAGCUUCAAUCUGAGCACGGAUCCCACACAUUUGCUGUACAAGCGCAUGAUGAUGUAUCUGCAGCUGAAGCAGAGCUUUAAUUUCCAGACCAUACCCGAAUUCAAUAUAUUCUUCUACUCCCAGGAGCCGGAGCAUCAGCAAUAUCGCGAGUUUAUCGUACAGCUGCUGAGCAAUGGGAUCAAGUGCAGCGCCGAUCUCUUCCUGCUCGUCUCGACCAACACGUUCAAGGUGCUGCUCAGCUACUAUAACUCCAAUCUGGCCACGCUGGACACCAAUCUGCUGCUGCUCUCCGUGUUGUCCACGUGCGUGAAAAUACCCGGCGCCGUCAAGAUCAUGCUCGAGCACGUGGGCAUCCUUUCCUGGCUAAGCGGCAUCAUUCGCGACACCCAGUUCCAUCAGUUCGACAUUAUCGAGGGCAUCAUUAGCAUUGUCAACAAUCUGUGGUAUUCCGUUGCGGCCAGCCAGUCGGAGCUGUCCGACUUUGCGCAUGUCCAGCUGCGGCUGCAUCGUCUGGUGCUGCUCCAUCUGCUGCCGCUGCUCUCGCCGCGCGUCUCCACGUCGAGUCUGGCGCGUCUGCUCAAUGUGCUGCAGAAGACCGCCGGCAACGCCGGGCAAUAUCUGGCUUUGUCCGUUCAGCAAUUGGAUCUGCUGCUCGACUGCGUCGCCCGCCAUUGGCCGGAACAGAUCGCAACAGUUCGCUACAUGCGCAGCUUUGGCGGCAACUACGCCUGCCCGCGCGACGAAUACUGCGAGGGAUUGGUCCGGGAGCACCAGCUGGACAUGCACUCUGUGCUCGCCCUCUCCAGCCUGCGGCAAUAUGUGAUCGACUGGUGGCAGGCGCAUCAUCAGGCAGCAGCACAUCCCGAGGCAGUCCACAAAAUGGGCGAGGAGGUGUCCACCACUUAGAUCUGGCAAUUCUAUAAAAUAUAGCCCUAAAACGUGUAAUAUAUAAUAUAUUUUUGCAUUGAGCUCAUGAAGAUUUCGGAUUCCGGCAUUAAACGAAGCAAGUUAUUUCUUUAA